AAGAGUCUGACUCAACUUGAGUUCUUCUCCGCCGCUACAUUCUCUUCGCACAAAUCGGGCGUUGGUUUUCCAACCCACUGCCGUUCAAUCAAAAUGGCGUCGUUGGGAGAAGAUCUGCUGGUCACUGUGAACAAGCUUCAAGACCUGGUCUUCAAUACCAUUGGCAAUGACUCCCUUGAUCUCCCUCAGAUUGUGGUUGUCGGUUCCCAAUCGUCUGGUAAAUCGUCGGUCUUGGAGAACAUCGUUGGUCGAGAUUUUCUUCCACGAGGCAGCGGGAUUGUUACACGUCGUCCUCUGAUUCUUCAGCUCAUCAAUAUUCCCAGCGAACGAGAUGAUAGGCCCGCCAAUGACGAGAUUCAUGUCCCUCACACCGCAGCCAGCGUGGAUGGACAACAUGAAUGGGCCGAGUUUCACCACCAGCCGGGUCGCAAAUUUGAGGAUUUUGCCCAGGUCAAGCAGGAAAUCGAGGCAGAAACCGCGCGCAUUGCGGUACCUAUUGGAGAUCAACCAUCAGAUAUCGAGAAGCAAACUCGCACGCUCAUCCUCGAAUAUAUCGCCAAACCAAACAGUAUUAUUCUCGCCGUGUCUCCUGCCAAUGUCGAUCUGGUCAACUCCGAGGCAUUGAAGCUUGCUCGCCAAGUAGACCCUAUGGGCCGGAGGACUAUUGGAGUUUUGUCAAAGCUGGAUUUGAUGGACCACGGCACCAAUGCAAUGGACAUACUCUCCGGGCGCGUAUACCCUCUGAAGCUCGGCUUCAUUGGUGUUGUCAACCGCUCGCAACAAGAUAUCCAGUCCGGAAAGUCACUUGCAGAUGCUCUGCGUGCUGAAUCGGAUUUUUUUCGCCAUCAUCCAGCAUAUCGAAAUAUGGCCACUCGUUGUGGGACCCAAUUCCUGGCCAAGACGCUGAAUUCGACCCUGAUGUCACAUAUUCGAGACCGCCUCCCGGAUAUCAAAGCACGCUUGAAUACCCUCAUGGGCCAGACCCAGCAAGAACUUGCUAGCUACGGCAACAAGCAAUUCAGUGGGAAAGAGCACCGAGGAUCUCUGAUUUUGCAGCUCAUGACUCGGUUUGCCUCGUCCUUCAUCUCAUCUAUCGAUGGAACUUCUUCGGAGAUCUCGACCAAAGAGCUAUGUGGUGGAGCAAGAAUCUACUACAUCUUCAACGAGGUGUUUGGUAACUCUUUAGAAACCAUCGAUCCCACACAUAACUUGACUGUUUCUGAUAUUAGGACGGCGAUCCGGAACUCCACGGGUCCUCGAGCAAGCCUCUUUGUGCCAGAGCUUGCGUUUGAUCUGUUGGUGAAACCGCAGAUUAAGCUGCUAGAAGCACCAGCCCAACGGUGUGUUGAAUUGGUGUACGAAGAGCUCAUCAAGAUCUGUCACACAUGUGGAUCACAGGAGCUUCUGCGUUUCCCUCGUCUCCAAGGCAAGCUUAUCGAGGUGGUGUCCGAUCUUCUCCGGGAGCGACUUGGCCCUUGCUCUGGCUAUGUUGAGUCACUCAUAUCCAUCCAAAGAGCCUACAUCAACACCAACCAUCCCAAUUUCCCCGGUGCGGCGGCCGCCAUGCAGUCGAUCAUUCAAAGUCGUCAGGAAGAGGAACGCAAGGCCCUCCAGGCGGAGGAGAAGAGGAAGCGAGAGAAGCGCCGUUUGAAGGAGCUUGGCACCGCCAAUGGAGCCCCAGCGGAAGAUGAAGAAGGUCCAUCCGAAUCGAAGUCGAAUAACCUCCCCUUACGAAGCCAAUCCACAAAAGGGCACCGCAGUAUGUCUCCUCAUGUUGGCCGUCAUGCAGAGAACGGCAUUGCCGCUACUCUUAAUGGCGUCCACGCAAGCCAGCCGGCUGGCUUCGGCAGUGUGCAAGGAAGCACACGGGAUUCUUUCCUGAACUACUUCUUCGGUAAAGAAGGAGUGCAAAAUACUCCUGCUCCUCAGCCUGCACUUCACCGAUCAAACCACACAAAUGAGCAUAGUCCCAGCCAGGCCAUCCGCCGUGCUGAAGUGAGGUCACCUGUGCUCCCACCCGAGGAAUACUCGGCCCCGCCAGAAUUUGGAGGCGAUAUAGGUUUUCCUCAUGAGAACGUAGAGCCUACUUUGACCGACAAGGAGAUGCUCGAGACCGAGCUCAUUCGUCGUUUGAUCUCCUCUUAUUUUGCAAUCGUUCGGGAGACCAUUGCUGAUCAGGUCCCGAAGGCCAUUAUGCACCUUCUUGUAAACCACAGCAAGGACGUGGUACAAAAUCGUCUUGUCAGUGAAUUAUACAAGGAGGAUCUGUUCGGCGAGCUUCUCUAUGAAGACGAUGGCAUCAAAGCCGAACGUGAGAAGUGCGAGCGCCUUCUGGAUACCUACAAAGAGGCUGCGAAGAUUGUUGGAGAGGUAUUAUAG